AUGGCAGCUCUCGACGCACCUCGUACCGGCUCGUCACCGUCCGCAUCGACCCUGCAUCCAACAUCAUCUGAUGGCGGCUCUCAGAGCGGCUCAAGUCCCGCCGAGAAGGUCGGAAACUCCAAAAACAAACAAUUCGACGAAAAGCGGCAGCCAUCUGUUUCGGGCUCGGAGGAUUCGGGGUAUGAGGAUCGAGGAGAGCAUGAGGUGGAUGAUGAGGGAAAGAAGAAGCGGGUCAAGGUCGUGCUAGAGAAGCGGACGGGGAAGGAGCUUGUUAAGGAGAUCGGGACUGGGCCAUAUACGAUUCCACGAUGGCGUCACUCUCUCCCCUUCAUCAAUCCAAAGUACGGCCCACCUCCAGCGCCCCUCUCGCUCGACGAUGCCCAGAUCACGCCAGAGGUCAGCGCGAGCUGGUUCUCGUUCCUCUUUUUCAACUGGAUUUCGCCCAUGAUGGCGCUGGGUUCCGCCCGUCCCCUUCAACCCACUGACAUGUGGAAGAUGGAUGAUGCGCGUUCAGCGGAGCGCGUAUCCCGCCGUCUCGUCGACGCAUUCACCGUCCGUCAGCGCAAAGCGGAGGAAUACAAUGCCAGACUCCUCGACCGCUCCACACCCCUCCCUCGCUCCCGGCGCAUCCUCUACGCCGUCCUUGCCAAUCGCGAAAAGCGGGAACACAUGUACCGGACCAAGUUUGGCAAAAAGACACCCUCGCUCGCAUGGGCGCUAAGCGACACGUUCGGUCUCUACUUCUGGGCGGGCGGUCUCAUCAAGGUCGUCGGAGAUACAAGUUCCGCCGUCACCCCUUUGGUGAUGAGGCAGAUCAUCGCCUGGAUCGCUCGACGGGACGCCGCGAAGCGUCUGGGUCUUCCCGAGCCAGAUGUCGGGUACCCCAUUGGAAUGGCUUUCGUGCUGUUCGCACUGCUCGUCAUCACCUCGAUCUCUAUCCACCACUUCUUCGUCCGCGGUCUCGGUACGGGAGUCAUGGCUCGGGCGGGUAUCAUCUCUUCGGUCUUCAACCGGGCUCUCCGCUUUACGCAGAAGAGCCGGGGUGAGAUCCCCAAUGGAAAGCUCGUCAACCACAUCUCGACGGAUACGAGUCGUAUCGACUUUUCGGCUGGUUUCUUCCACAUGACAUGGACUUCCCCUUUGCAAUUCAUCGUGAUCACUAUUAUCCUCAUCGUCCAGCUCGGUUACUCUGCCCUUCCCGGUAUCGGUUUCCUCGCAUUGAUGAUGCCCGUCCAGACCCUCUUCAUGAAGAAGCUCUUUGGCUACCGAAAGAAGUCUAUGAUCUGGACCGACAAGCGCGCCAAACUCCUCCAGGAGAUCCUCGGCGGGAUGCGGAUCGUCAAAUUUAUGGCGUGGGAAAACUCCUUCCUCGAGCGGCUCAAGACCAUCCGGAGUCUCGAGAUCCGAUACGUCCGAUCCCUCCUCUGGGCCCGGUCAGGUCUCAUGGCAUUCGCCAUGUCACUCCCUAUCCUCGCCGCCAUCCUCUCCUUCAUCACCUACAGUCUCACCUCGCACGAGCUCGAGGCCGCCACCAUCUUCUCGGUCAUCACCCUCUUCCAGCUCAUGCGGCUCCCACUCAUGAUCUGGCCCAUGUCCCUCUCGACCACCGCGGACGCCUACAACGCCAUCGGGCGUCUCCAAAAGGUGUUCGAAGCGGAGGUGGUCACGGAAGAAAAGGCAGUCGACCCCUCCAUGGAAGAUGCAGUCCGGGUGGAGCAUGCCGCGUUCACGUGGGAUGCUGCGCCUGUUGCUACAGACGACAAGGAGAUGAAGAAGCUCAACGCCAAGCAGGCGAAGCGGAUGGGCGUGGUGCAGGGUGCGGAAGUGAGCAAGGAGCAGAAGAAGUUGGCCGCCAAGAUUGCAAAGAAGAAGAGCAAGGUUGAUCUCGCGACUGAGGCCGAGGCAGAGACGGCUGGAGGUGGAGCGGGCGGGCAAGGCGUCGGAGAGGCGGAUAUCGCCAAGGGCGGUGCGCCGGAACACCCUGGCGCGGUCGUUGCCGAGGGCAAGGUCUCACAUGACGCCGAGGAGAAGAUCUUCAAGCUUAAGGAUAUUGAGCUCAACAUCCCCCGUGGUAGUCUUACCGCCAUUGUCGGGACUAUCGGAUCCGGCAAGUCGAGUUUGCUUCAGGGUUUGAUGGGGGAAAUGAGGCGAACGGAGGGGAAGGUCACUUUUUCGGGUUCGACCUCCCUUUGUGCCCAGACCCCAUGGAUCCAGAACGCUACUGUACGAGAGAAUAUCUUGUUCGGACAGCCGUGGGACGAGGAACGGUACUGGAGUUGCGUCCGAGACUCGUGUCUCGAGCCUGACCUUGAGCUCCUCGAAGACGGAGAUGGUACUGAGAUCGGGGAGAAGGGAAUCAACCUCUCAGGCGGGCAGAAACAGAGAGUUAACAUUUGCCGUGCAAUGUACUUCAAUGCCGACAUUAUCGCCCUGGACGACCCCCUUUCCGCUCUGGACGCUGGUGUAGGAAAGGCAGUCUUCUUCAACGCCAUCGUCGGUGCUCUUUCCGACAAGACACGUAUCCUCGUCACCCACGCUCUCCACUUCCUCCCCUACGUCGACAACAUCAUUUGUAUGGAAGACGGCCGGAUCACCGAGCAAGGUACCUACACCGAGCUUCGCGCGAACGGACGGGCCUUUGACCGUCUCAUUAAGCAGUUCGGAUCGGAGGAUGUGGUCACACAGGAAGAGGAGGCUGUGGAGGGCAUCAAGAUGGUGCAUCAUGACCGAGCCAAUAUGUCCGCCAAGGGCACGGUCAAGUCGCUCAUGCAGGACGAGGAGAGGAAUGUGGGAGCGAUGAAGGGCGGAACAUUCCUCAACUACUUUAAGGCCGGUCGGGGCGCUAUCACUAUCCCCCUCCUCCUCAUCGCUAUCGCCGUCCAGAUGGCCUUCUACAUCAUCACCUCCUUCUGGCUGGUAUGGUGGCAGGAGUACAAAUGGGACCGGCCCAACGGGUUCUACAUGGGUAUCUACGCCGCCCUCGGUAUCGGAUCGGCCAUCUCCAUGUUCCUCCAGGGAUUCGCCCUCGCUGUGCUCAACUACUUUGCCUCGGCUCGGCUACACAAAGACGCAAUCACCCGCGUCAUGUUUGCUCCCCAAUCCUUCUUUGACACCACUCCCCUCGGUCGGAUCAUGAACCGGUUCGCCAAGGAUAUCGACACGAUCGACAAUACCCUCGCUGACGCUAUGCGAAUGGCGCUGAGCACUCUCGCUCAGAUCAUCGGAGCUACUAUCCUUCUCGCUAUCAUUGCCCCCUACUUCCUCAUCGUCAUGUUCGCGGUCACCCUCCUCUACGCCCAUAACGCCAUGUUUUAUCGGCGGUCAUCGCGCGAGUUCAAGCGGAUCGACGCUAUCCUCCGGUCGUCCCUCUACUCGCACUUCUCGGAGUCGCUCUCGGGUAUCGCCACUAUUCGGUCGUACGGCGAGCUCAACCGGUUCUUUGCGGACAACAUCAAGCGGAUUGAUAUUGAGAACCGGGCGUACUACCUCACCACGAUCAAUCAGCGGUGGUUGGGUCUCCGUCUCGACUCGCUCGGUGCCCUUUUGGCGCUCUGCGUGUCUUUCAUCGUCAUCCUCCAAUCCAACGUCUCGGCGGCGGGCGGCGGUCUGGCUCUCUCCACCCUCAUCAUGAUCCAGCAAUCCUUCUCGUGGCUGAUCCGUCAGCUCGCAGAGGUCGAGAACGACAUGGUGGGCGCCGAGCGGAUCAUGCACUAUGCCAACCAGCUAGAGCAGGAGCAGCCACACCAGAUCGAAGCUACCAAGCCGGCGGCGUCUUGGCCCGCCGAGGGACGGAUUGAGUUCAAGGACGUCCGAAUGCGGUACCGCGAGGAACUGCCGGACGUCCUCAAGGGCUUGACCAUGUCGGUAGGCGCGGCGGAGAAGAUUGGGGUGGUGGGACGGACGGGAGCGGGCAAGUCAUCCAUCAUGAUGGCUUUGUUCAGGAUGUCGGAGCUGUCAGGAGGCAGUAUCACCAUUGACGGGGUGGAUAUUUCCAAGAUCGGCCUUAACGACCUUCGGUCCGGUAUCUCCAUCAUCCCCCAGGACCCGCUCCUGUUCUCCGGAACCAUUCGGUCCAACAUCGACCCUUUCCAAACCAAGACGGAUCUGGAGCUGUACGAUACCCUCAAGCGGUCUCACCUCGUCACCUCCUCUACUCCCCUCGCUGCCGGCGAGGACCCCGCCACCUCCGGCGCGGCAGUCACUCCAGGGCGCUUCACCCUCGACACCGUCGUCGAGGAGGAAGGCGGAAAUCUUUCGGUCGGAGAGCGGUCGCUCGUCUCACUCGCGCGAGCCCUCGUGAGGAAUACCAAGGUGUUGGUGCUGGAUGAGGCGACGGCGUCGGUGGAUGUAGAGACGGAUAGUAAGAUCCAGGAGACAAUUAGGAGGGAGUUUGGGGAUCGGACAUUGUUGACGAUCGCGCAUCGGCUCAAGACGAUUCUGAGCUAUGACCGGAUCUUGGUCAUGUCGGAUGGUUGUGUAGAGGAGUUUGACACGCCUGAGAAUCUGUAUCAUGCGGGAGGAGCGUUCAGGGAGAUGUGCGAAAAGUCGGGUGUGGGCGCACCCGGCGGGAACCUCUGGGCGGAUCGGGGUUAG